AUGACGCCCGCGCUCCUCGCCUCUUCGAUUCGACGAUUCGCGUCCUCCUCGGCGACGCGACGCGUCGUCCUCGACGUGACUUCCCUGCGCGAGCCGUCCGUCGCGGAGUUCCUGAAGCACUGGCACGCGUCCGACGGCGCGCCUUUGCUGCUCCGAGGCGUGGUCACUCGGUGGCCGCUGAUGGGAUGGACGCCGAGCGACCUCGCCGCGAAGUUUGGCGACGUCGUCGUCCCCGUGGAGAUGACCCGCGGGGACGCGGACUAUCGCGACGCGUACGAUACGAGUUCUGGCUCUUACGCGGACGCGGAGCACGGCGCGCGGAGCUUCGUGAGCGGGCACGAGGUGCCGUUGGGCUUAUUCGUGGAGUGCUUCAUGCGGACGCGCGGCCGCGAGGGCGGGGGCGACGACGACCUCAGAGCGUACCUCGCGCAGCACGACCUCUUCGAGAGCGUCCCCGAGCUCGAGGACGCGUGCAGACCGACGCCGCCGUACGUCGGCGCGGGCGCGAUGAAACGCGUGUGGAUCGGGCCCGCGAACACGAAGACGCCACUUCACCGGGACCCGUACCACAACGUCUUGUGCCAGGUGUGGGGGAGGAAAAAAGUGAUUUGCUACCACGCGCGGGACGAGAGUAAGCUGUACCCGUACCCGAGCGGUUUCUUAAAGAACACGUCCAGGGUCGUGAACGUGGACGACGACAGAGGCGGCGGCGGCGAUGGCGGCGCGAACGCGGAAUUUCCCGACUUUGCGGCCGCGUCGCGGUGGGAGAUCGCGUUGGAUCCGGGGGACGCGUUGUUCCUUCCCGCGCGGACGUGGCAUCACGUUCGGUCGCUCACGCCGAGUCUCUCCGUGUCGUAUUGGUGGGGGGAAAGUAGAAUAGGAUAG